AUGAGAUUUGCAAGAGAUAUUCCCGGCGAAAUUGAAGACAUUGCUUCUGACAUCCAAACAUCCUACGGCGAAGACUGGUGGUGGCCUGGAGAGGCUCAAAUCGGAACACCAUGGAUCAAGACUGUUGAGGGCUUUGCUGAUCGAGUCAUGGGCGCAGUCGGCCUCAAUGACAAGGCAAAGGGCGACAUCGGCGCUAUCUUCUGGAUCUGCAUCAUCCAGAUCGCCUUCGCCGUUCUCCCUGGAAUUCUUUCUUGCAUCACCAACCGAAGUGCUGAAAGUGGUGAUCGAAAAUCAAUGGCAUCUGGAAACGGUAGCUCCUUCUUCGCAUUCCUCGUUGGCCUCAUGGGUGUUUUGGCCAUCAAACUCGACUGCAAAGAAUUGCUUGUGGCUACCACAAUUUGCGCCCUGAUCUCCCUCCUCUUCACCGCUCUCUUCCUGAUCGUCACCGUCCUCGGUAUCUUCAUCGCUGCUUGCCAAGACUGCGGCGACUCGCUCAAAAUCCUCUGCGUCGGCAUUUUCAUCGUCGUCUGGAUCGUCGCUGCCUCCAUCCUCAACAUUCUGCUCGUUAUCAAAGCCUGGCCCUUUGCCUUUGGCGAUGACGCCCUUGACGAUUUGAAGAAUAAGAUGAACUAG